UGGACACGCCUGCGCAGCUCACAGGGGCCUCGGCUCAGGCGCUGUGGUCUCCCGGCAUCCUGAGCGCCGCUUUCCCGCCAGGUCGGCACUGAAGCGGUUUUCAGCUUCCCUUGGUCGUCUUUCCCGCGCGCGUUUUGAGCUGCUGCCGCUCAUUUUUACGUCCGUCAUCCCACCAUGCAGCGUGAACCUCCGAGGAGGAAGCCGGAGAAGAAGGCAGAAAAGCGGCUCUUUGACGCCACGUCCUUCGGGAAGGACCUGCUGGCAGGCGGGGUCGCGGCGGCCGUGUCCAAGACGGCGGUGGCGCCCAUCGAGCGGGUGAAGCUGCUGCUGCAGGUGCAGGCGUCGUCCAAGCAGAUCAGCCCCGAGGCGCGGUACAAAGGCAUGGUGGACUGCCUGGUGCGGAUUCCCCAGGAGCAGGGUUUCUUCAGUUAUUGGCGUGGCAAUUUGGCAAAUGUUAUUCGAUAUUUUCCGACACAAGCUCUAAACUUUGCUUUUAAGGACAAAUACAAACAGCUUUUCAUGUCUGGAGUUAAUAAAGAAAAACAGUUCUGGAGGUGGUUUUUGGCAAACCUGGCUUCUGGUGGAGCUGCUGGGGCAACAUCCUUAUGUGUAGUAUAUCCGCUAGAUUUUGCCCGAACCCGAUUAGGUGCCGAUAUUGGAAAAGGUCCUGAAGAGCGACAAUUCAAGGGUUUAGGUGACUGUAUCAUGAAAAUAGCAAAAUCAGAUGGAAUUGUUGGUUUAUACCGAGGGUUUGGUGUUUCAGUUCAGGGCAUCAUUGUGUACCGAGCCUCUUAUUUUGGAGCUUAUGACACAGUUAAGGGUCUAUUACCAAAACCAAAGGAAACCCCAUUUGUUGUCUCCUUUUUCAUUGCUCAAGUUGUGACUACGUGCUCUGGAAUACUCUCUUAUCCUUUUGACACAGUUAGAAGACGUAUGAUGAUGCAGAGCGGUGAGGCUGAACGGCAAUAUAAAGGAACUUUAGACUGCUUUGUGAAGAUAUACCAACAUGAGGGAAUCAAUGCAUUUUUUCGUGGUGCCUUCUCCAACAUCCUUCGUGGUACAGGGGGUGCUUUGGUGUUGGUAUUAUAUGAUAAAAUUAAAGAAUUCCUUAAUAUUGAUAUUGGAGGUAGUUCAUCAGGAGAUUAAAUUGAGAAAUGCAUUUAUUUAACUUGUUAAACAUACAAGUUACAUAGCUGAUAUUUGUGUACAUUUUGAUAGUGUGUUAUUAUUGUCAGUAUUUUCUUAAAGUGCUAAGUCUGCAAUAAGGCAUAAGCUUUUUUCAAGGAUUUAAAUACUAAAAAUCAGAUAAAUGUGGGCUUCCUUCCUACUUAGACUUAAACUCACUUUAAUGAGACAUUUUACUUAUUAUAAAUGGUAUAUUUUAUUUCUAUCAGUUUAAAAUCCUUUUCUUUUGUAAUGAAAAAUUAAAAUGUAUAAUGCUAAAAUCUAAGAAAUGAAAGUGUUUUCUUUUAAAAUGCUCUUCUUUUAAUAUAACUGUCUUCCCAUCUUUUAAAAAUCAUAUGAUACAACAAAUAUUUCUUAAAAGUUUAUCAGGAGUUGUCAUCAUUAUAUCUGUGGGCUUAAGUAAGCUUUAUUCUACAACAUCUCUACUAAGACAGUUCAGGUAUUACUAUGUAUAGUGUUCAUGGUAUCAUAGCUUUUAAUAAGCACAGAUUCUAGAUCUGAUCAUAAAAAAUUGAUAAUGACUUUAAUAACACUGUAAACCUGUAGUUGGAAAAUAAAAGAUAUAAAAUGGCA